ACGCUUCUGUGCAGACAUAAAUCCGCUGUUUGCUGCUCUUCUCUCUCUUCUCCUAUGCCGAUGACAGAUUAGGGCUGAGGAAGGAGAGAUAAACACACACAAUUCCUAGAGAGAGAGAGAGAGGGGAAAGAGGAAAUAAAAAGCUUUUUUUUAAAUGUUCCUAUCGACUGAUUUGACGGGUGUUUAGUUUUAGCCUCAUUCUCUCUUUUCCUUCUUCUCGAUUUCUUGACGAGUGUAGAUCGCCGGAUUUAUAGAGCUUCUCUGUUCAAAGAAUUCAAUCAAGAUGGGAUCGGGCGAGAAUUUUCAAGGUGUGAUCCGAUCAUCAAACGUUCAAGGUGCUUUGAAACCCGCAGCCGCCGCCGCCGCCGGCGGAGGUGGAGGAAAGUUCACCUCCAAUAGUAGGAGAGCACUGAGUGAAAUUGACAAAAACAUCAUAGCAGCUCCUCCUUAUCCCUGUGCUGUUCAUAAAAGAGGGAUUCUGACAGAAAAAAAUGGCGUCGGUAUUAAUAAGAAUCCCGGUUUGCCAGUCCAUCGCCCUGUCACUAGGAAAUUUGCUGCACAAUUGGCUGGAAAAGAACAACAAUCAUCACUUGCUGAAGUCAAGCCACUGGUUGAAUCAUCUAAGAGUGUGGACGAUGAUUGCAUUAUCAUCGAUGCUGAUGAUGAUCUUGAUGUACCUAUGUUUGUGCAGCACACAGAAGCCAUGCUUCAGGAAAUCGAUCGAAUGGAUGCAGAAAUCGAAAUGGUGGACAUCGACGAGGCGGACGCUGUAGCGGACAUAGACAGCUGCGACAAGGAGAAUCCACUUGCAGUUACAGAGUACAUUGAGGACAUACAAAACCACUACAGCAAAACAGAGAGUUUAAGCUGUGUCCCACCGGACUAUAUGUUGAAGCAAUUCGACAUCAAUGAAAGAAUGAGAGGGAUUCUCAUCGACUGGCUGAUUGAGGUCCACUACAAGUUCGAGCUAAUGGAGGAGACUCUUUACUUGACAGUGAAUCUGAUCGACCGAUUUCUAGCGGUGCAGACGGUGGUGAGAAAGAAGCUGCAGCUAGUCGGGAUAACGGCAUUGCUUCUUGCUUGUAAGUACGAGGAAGUGUCGGUCCCUGUGGUCGAGGAUCUUAUAUUGAUAACCGACAGAGCCUACUGCCGACAAGAAGUCCUCCAGAUGGAGAAAUUGAUGGUGAACACGUUACAGUUCAACAUGUCAGUGCCGACUCCAUAUGUGUUCAUGAGGCGGUUCUUGAAGGCGGCGCAAUGCGACAAAGAGGUGGAGAUGGUGGCCUUCUUCCUGAUGGAGCUGAGCCUGGUGGAGUAUGAGAUGGUGAAGUUCCAGCCAUCGGUGUUGGCAGCAGCAGCGAUAUUUGCAGGUCAGUGCAGUGUAAGCGGGGAGAAGCAAUGGAGCAGGACGUGUGCUGUCCAUACAAAUUACAGCAUGGAGCAGCUCAUGGAAUGUGCGAGGCUGAUGACGACAUUCCACAUGAAGGCGGGAAGCGGGAAGCUGACCGGGGUGCACAAGAAGUACAGCACUUGUAAAUACGGUUACACUGCUGCCAGGACUCAGCCUGCCCUUUUCCUCCUCAGCCAUCGCCAUGGAUGACGAAGAAUGAUAGCUAUACUAUAGUUAAUAAGGAUGCUCUGGAUCGAUGAUCGAUCUUCUAACAUCUUAUGAGAGAGUCUGUGUUGUUGUUAGUUACGAGCAACAUAAGUUGCCCCUCCCCUGCUGCAGGGAUGGGAUGGGGAUGGAUGAU